UUCUUUUCUGUCAUUUUCAUGGUCUCUUCUUUCUGCGGCUGUUUCAGCAUUUAAAACCUGCUGCUCAACUGAGAGAUUACAACACAGCAUUACACACACACCAGGAAGCAAAAGAGAAAAGAGAGAUGGGCGUCCAAAUCAAAGUCGAAUACUGUGGCGGAUGAGGCUACGAGCCCCGCUAUCAGGAGCUCAAGCGGGUGGUCACUGCAGAGUUUCCUGAGGCGGAGGUGUCUGGCUUUGUAGGGAGGCAAGGGAGCUUUGAAAUUGAGAUCAAUGGGCAGCUGAUCUUUUCCAAGAUGGAAACCAGCGGCUUUCCCUAUGAAGAUGACGUGAUGGAUGCCAUCCAGAAAGCAAGUGAAGGCAAGCCGGUGGAGAAGAUCACCAAGAGCCGGCCGCCAUGCGUCAUCUUGUAACCACGUUGCCCCUCUGACUCCUGACCCAUGGCCCUUGACUGUGACCGCAUCUCUCCUCAAGAGUCCACGUCUCUUAAGCUUAGAUCCUGGGAAACACUGCCACCUUUUUCCUCUGUAACCAUGUACAUGUUGCCAGAACAUCCGGUGUCUGUUAAAUGAUGUUGAGUUGACUGCAGAGAUGCGUUAAUGGUCCCUCAGGUGAGUCCUCUCUCCUGUCUGCUCCUGUGAGGUGGGGUUUGAACAUUUAUGAUUACUGUAGCUCAAAGGUCAAAGGUUACAGUAUGAAGAGACCUGUCCAGACGCACCUUUUGCAGGAACAGAAUGACAGAGGAGACCUGGGGGUUUGGCAUAGGUGUUGGGAGUCAUGAUCAUUUUCCAAAAGCCAGUUUGCCUAGUCCAAGUAUACCUGAUUUUGGUUCGUUUUUUUUUUUAUUAUCAUCACAUUAGACUUUUCUUUCUCAAAAGAAGAAACAUGCUGCUGUUGGUAGUCUUGUCAUAUUGAUGCUUAAUAUGUAAAGGAUGACAAAAUUGUUUUUUUUUUGUUGUUGUCUGUUUUUACAAGAAAUGCAAAAAUAAUUACGCACAAUUUGCAAAUUGCAAAUAACACCAAUGUAAUACGGAGAAUAAACUAGUUGGCUUGAACAAAGUGCUAACAAACUUUUCUCUUUAACUAAUAUGAAGUCUAUUGUGCAGUGCUCUUCUUGACAAGCUCUGUUCACCACCUCCACCUUUCUGUCUUUGACCAUCUUGAUUCACUUUAAAUUUACUUUUAAAGUGUCACUUAAAAUGUCUUUGUGAUUUAACUGUAGUUUCCCUUUGGUUUUCUAGAGAACUGCUGUGGUAUGUUAAAAAUAGAGGUCUACAAAGGCAACUGAAAACAUGUAUCUAAUGUCAGCAGUACAUAUUGGCGUUUGCUCUGUACCGUACUCCAGUGGUUUUCGCCCCCAGACCUGGUAACAGAAGGUUUUAUUGUGAAUUUAUAAUGUGUGAUUGCCAUCAGUCAUUGGCCAGUCAUCAGAAAGUUAGGAUAAACCUUUGAGAAAUCCCAGACAUCAAAGUACUGUCUGUUGAAUUAUUGACAUUUUAACAAUGGUCUUGUAGGAGAAUUCUAUGUUCUCAUGUUGCUUUCAGAUAUAUCAUUACUAAUGUAAAGCUAAUCAAUGAUAGAAAUUCAGCUCAGGGAUUUUUCAGUUGCUAUGAAUGACCGGGAUGAUUGAUUUAAAUAACUUCAAUAAAUAUGAUUAAUUACA